UGUCUAUUUGUUUUCUAUUAAAUACUGUUAUCUCACACAUAGGACAUCUCCAGGAUAUUAUCAUAGAAUGCGGAAAUCUUUCACAUAAACAAAGAUAAAGGAUCAACUAAAAAAAAUUGUAUUAUUUUUAGUGGGGGUCCCCUGGAUUGAUGGAUAACAAGACAAGGUGGCGUGUGUAUAUGACUGGCCAGGGAUUUAUUUAACAGUGGUGAUUAGCUGCCGAGAGAGAGAUGGUGUGAUCACUCUUUGUCUCUGAUUCAAUCGUGUAAUGCUUCAAGUUGUAAUACCAGCAGGAAUCUACUUAGGAUUUCUUUUUCUACUGUGAAUUUCUGGUGGUAAGAAUAACUGAAAUCAUGAUCUGAAGUCCCUCAGUUUGUUUUUGUGGUGUUUAACUUUUUUUUAUAAAUCAUAAAUAAACAGGAGUAUUAUCACAUUUUAAGACCACACUAAAAAGAUGAAAUAACAGCUUUUGUAUCUGUUUAGUUUUGCAUUUAUAUUAAAUGUAUAAUUCUUUAAAAAUGUGACUAUUUUCUUUUUCAUUGAGUAAUAUUGCUACUGUGGAUACUUAAAAUGUUCUGGUUAAAUAUUGGAGUAUUGAACAUCAUAUUGUGAAAAUGUCAAGUGCCUAUCAAGCACGUUACAUGUCACCUGUAAAAGAAGAUCAGGAAUGUAAUGGAGGUACAAAUCUCAGUCUUAAUUCGACUGGUGUUAACAAUGUGAAAAAAACUGGUAAUUCUGAUUUAGACCCCGAGGAACCCAUGAAAAAUGCUCAGAUCCAUUUCUUACCGAAACCGUCCCAGGAUUCACGUGUAUGCAUGGUUUUAUCUCGGUGGACAAAUCGUGAAAAAUAUCUUGGAGCCUUAUGUUUAUUGUUAUUUGUGGCCUGUGUUGUAUUUAUCAUUGUUGCCUUUACCAGAUCUGGUCUUCUACAAGGUCAUCCACAAGGGUUUUGUAAUUCCCGAAAAUGUGUCCAAACAGCUGCCAAACUUAUGGAAGGAAUGGAUUUUACAGCUGACCCAUGUGAAGAUUUUUUUAAAUAUGCCUGUGGUCAGUGGAAUAAAAAACAUGUCAUCCCAGAAGAUAAAUCAAGUUUUAACACCUUUGAGAAACUUCAUGAUGAACUUCAAAUUAUAUUAAAAGGUCAGUUAGAGGAACCACCUAGUAUUGACGAUAAUCAAGCAUCAAUUAAAGCUAAAAUACUAUAUAAAUCUUGUGUUAAUGUUACUCAGUUAGAGAAAGUAGGUGUCGACCCAUUACGAAAAGUAUUGGACAACUUGGGAAAAUGGCCUGUUAUCGAACCAACGUGGGACUCAAGUAAUUUUGUGGUAGAAGAUAUGUUAGGAUAUUUACGAGGCUGGUAUAAUGCACCAAUAUUGAUAGAUUGUUGGGUUGGCGCAGACGACAAAAACUCAUCAGCCAAUAUUAUUCAGUUAGAUCAGCCUGUUCUCGGUAUGCCUAGCAGAGAGUAUUAUUUAAAUGAUAAAGAUUCCGAAAAUAUACGAGCUUACCGGAAAUAUAUGUACGAUAUGGCCAUGUUGUUAGGUGCUACAGAAGAAUCAGCUAAGAUAGAUUUACAAAAUGUUUUUGAUUUUGAAACAAGAUUGGCAAAUGUAACGAAACCACAAGCAGAACGUCAUGAUACUGGUGCUAUAUAUACUAAAGUAACAAUUAAAAAAUUACAGCAAAUGACAACAGGGUUUGAUUGGCUGAAAUAUUUUAGAAAAUUUAUACCUUCUGAGAUCACAGAGGAUGAGAGUGUGGUAUUGUUUGCUAAAGAUUAUUUAAUUGAAAUGUUAAAGAUACUUCAACACACUCAUCCAAGAACAAUUGCUAAUUAUGUCAUAUGGAGAGUUUUGUUGGGAUUUGCUCCAGAAUUAACCGAAGAUUUUCAAAAAAUAAGAAAUGAGUACAGAAGAGUUCUACAGGGUGUUAAGAGAGAUAAAAUACGAUGGCAGAAGUGUGUAGAAUAUGUUAAUGAAAGACUUGGUAUGGCUGUUGGGGCCAUGUUUAUUGAGGACAAUUUUAAAAAAGAGAGCAAAGAUACUGCUUUAGAAAUGAUCCAUGAUAUCCGUGCAGCAUUUAAUGAACUACUUGAAGAAAAUGAUUGGAUGGAUGAAGAGACGAAGGCUUUUGCAAGGGAAAAGGCUAAUGCUAUGAAUGAAAGAAUAGGUUAUCCAGAAUUCAUAACAGACUCUGAACUUUUAGAUAAGAGGUAUGAAUUGUUAGACUUUAGCGAUGACCAGUACUUCCAGAAUGUCUUGCAGCUAGAGAGGGGUGAGGCUAUUAAAACAAUGAAAAAGUUGAGAGAACCAGUCAAAAAAGAUAUAUGGGAACAGGAUCCCGCAGUAGUCAAUGCAUUUUACAACCCUAAUACCAAUGAUAUUGUUUUUCCAGCUGGUAUUUUACAACCACUGUUUUAUAGUUCUACAUUUCCUAAAUCUUUAAAUUAUGGUGGUAUUGGUGUAGUUAUUGGUCAUGAAAUAACUCAUGGUUUUGAUGACAAGGGUCGUCAGUAUGAUAAAGAUGGUAAUUUAAAACAAUGGUGGAAGAAUGAAACUAUUGAAGCUUUUAGGAAAAGAGCCGAGUGUAUGGUUGAACAGUAUUCUAAAUAUAAACUUGAUCAAAUAGAUUUGCCAAUAGAUGGUAGAAAUACACAAGGUGAAAAUAUAGCUGAUAAUGGUGGAUUAAAAGAAGCUUAUAGGGCAUACCAGAAAUGGGUACAGAGUCAUGGAGAAGAACUUUUAUUGCCAGGUAUAGGUUUAAACCACAGACAACUAUUCUUUCUCAACUACGCUCAGAUUUGGUGUGGUAAAAUGAGAGAUGAAGAAGCGUUGCAUAAGAUACGUACAUCAGUUCACAGCCCUGGUCCUGUGCGUGUUCUCGGACCACUUUCUAAUUCUGUGGAAUUUGCCAAAGCAUAUCAUUGUCCUCUGGGAAGUAGAAUGAACCCUAUACACAAAUGUUCAGUUUGGUGACAUGCAUGUUCAUAUAAAAUAAGACUGUGGGAAGAGGGUAUUUUGGAUCUAGGUUUACUAGAAAGUGUUUUGUUAUACUAUAUCAAAAUUGUUCAACAUGGUAUGAACUUAUUACAUGUAUAAUGAAAUUAUUGAAAAUCGCUGUGAACAGAAGUAACAGUGCUCAAAAUCUAACAAACAUUUUGUAAAAUGGCACAAGUUUAUAGAUCAGUCACGUUAUUGAUUUGUUCAUAUACAGAUAUCAAAUUGUUCAGGUCCAUAUACAGAUAACAAAUUGUUCAGGUCCUUUAAUGAUGUGCUGUGUACAAAUACAUUAAAAUAGCGUUGUCGUUUCAGUGGGACUGAAUUUUUCAUAUUUAAAACAAUGAUGUUUUUUUCAUGGACUAUAUGAAUGUGUUUUGUAGUUUAUCAACAUUGUACAGACAAACCAUAUGUAGCGUUUUAAAUAUUUAUUACUAUUUUCAUAAUAAAAUUCAGUACAAUGGGAUUGUUGCUUGUGAUGGUGUAGAUGUUCUCCUGAACUGAAAUCAGGUGACAGAGAAUCGUGUUUUGGGUACAUGCUCUUAAUCCUGAUAAAAAUGUGGGUCGAGAAGGAUCGUGACCCAAUCGAACCAGAUCAAAGGAAGUAAUUAAUGCAACAUGCUUUGUCUCCCAAAAUUCUUGUCUCUACUUGAUUGACACCAUUUGUAGGAUUGAGGGAAUGGAAAUAAUUUUACUAUAUAUGUAUUAAAUUAAUAUGUAUUUUCCUCGCCUUUUUAUUAUAUUAGUUUCUUGGAAUGAUUAUCAAUUAUUUGUCCCUUAAUAUUAUACUAAUCAUUGAUUCCAAUAUUGUCAAUUGUAUAUUAAUAUGUCAUCAAUCAAUACAGGGUAACAUAACACACAACUAAUUAAUAAUAGUAUUAGUUUGCAUUAUGUAAGAGCUAAAUCUGCCUUUUGCAGUUCUUUUUUUUUUUCUUUUUUUUUUUGACUAGAUUUGAAAAUUUGAAUGACAAAAUGGACAAACGAGGCUAAGUCUCGGUUAAAAAGUAUUGUUGCUAGUAGCAACUUGCUUCGAUAAUGACAAUCCAGGCUAUAUCUUCAUUCAUAACAUUGCUCAGAAUAAAGUAAUUUGGAUGAAAUUUUCAAUAUAUUCAUAUUUCAUUAUCUAUUUUUUGAACUAUUAUAGCAGGAACGUCCAGUUCUGUAUCUAAAUCUUACAUAAUGCAUCUUUAUGCUAGCCAAUUAUUCAUUCUCUUCAUCAAUGCUAAUUCCAGAUCACAUCAUUUAGUAAAUCCUAAAAGGCUUAUUUUAAAGAUGUGUUAAAAUAUUGUAGGCUACUAAUGUAUGUAUGGAGCUUAAUCUCAUUGAUAUGGGUCAAAAUGAAGUCUUCAGUAGGGUUGAUCUGAUGGUUUAUUAGUUAUGAAACAAAAAAUAUACAAUUAAAAGUAUGGUUAUUACUUCUAGUUUCAUUUUUGUCUUGCUAUAUCCAUACAAGACCAGACUGUUAUUCUUCAAAAUAAAUCAACACAUAAACUCUGAUGAAAUAAAGAAUAUAUUUUUGAGCCAGAUCUAAGAAGGUUAACCAUUUUAAAAAAAUUGGUAAGGAAUUUAAGAAACACAUUAACUUGGUAUCAUACACUCAGGUCACAUACCAUUAUAUUUACAUUAGAAGUUAUAUGAUUUUGGCAUUCAAUUUCCUUUUUCCCAUGUGAACCUUACUGUCCACUAAAAUAGACCAUAGAUUGAUUUUGUAAUUAUAUGGGUUAUAAUUCAGCCAGUUAUGACUGCUUGGGUGACAGAAUUGCCCUAAAUAUCUCGGAACCCAUUGGUCAAUUUACAUACUGUAAAACAUGCACACUUUUCAAAAUAACAUAGCCUAAUGAGUUACCUCUCCGAAAUGCUCAAUUUGCUUACCUUUAAUCUUUUAAUGCUAAAUCUUCUAGAAGAUUAGCUUUCCUAUCCCAAUACCAGAAAAUGGACUGAGACACACAAUAGUAGAUCAAAUUUGACACUAAUAUUCUAGAUAAAUAACAUAUUUACAGAAACAGUAUAGCAUAUAGGUAAAUUAUAUAUUUUAGAAGAAUAGGAUUAUGUUUAAACUUUGACACAAACAGUAUAGCCUAUAGGUAAAUUAUAUAUUUCAGAAGAAAUAGUAUUAUAUUUGAAGACAUGUCUUGUAUAAGUUCUGAAUUACCAUACACUAUCUCUUCUAACUAGUAAAGUCCAGUCUUAAAAGAAUCAGUAUAUGUUUGAUUAUCAAACAGGUAAUGUGACAUACUAAAUCUGGCAACCUAUGUUGUUUUUACUUUAUUUUUACUUUCUUACAAAGUUUCUCUUCAUGUUUACAUCCCAAAAUGACCUGUUGUUGUUGUUAUUUGUUGUUAUUAUUAGAUAUAUUAAUGUUACUUAUAUGGACUAUUUAUAUUGUUAAUAUGGUGUGUGUAUUAUUUCUGGUGGUAUUAUUACACUAUGGUCUUAUUACUAUUAUUACAUCGUUUUCUGUAACAAUUGUGUAUUUUCUAAUAAAAGCAUGAAACUCUGA